CGCUCCUCAGCCCUGAACGAUCGAGGGUGGCUGGGUGAGGGGGGGAGCGAAGCGCGAGGGACGACGUCACGACCAAUCAGCAGUCUUUCGAGGAACACCAAUCCCCUUGCGUCGACAGCUAGAAAAGAAGCGGCCGCUCCAAGCCGGAAGUUGCGACCACUUCCGCCAGGAAGCGGAGCGAGCCGAGAGAGCGCAGGAGCCUCUCUAGCCGCCGCUUCUCUGCUCCCGCUGACGGCGCGAGGCGUGGGCGGGCUGGAGCGGCGACGCUGCGCAUAGUCUGUGGACGCAGCCGCGGGGAGGAGGAGGUGGGGCAAAAUGGCGGACGGCAAAGGAGGCGACGUGAAGCUGAAGCGGCCGCUUCUUGACGGAGGUAAACACGCUGCGUUGCUAUGCGAGGCUCUGGUCGGGAGUGUGGGGGGGGCGCGCUUGGGGCUGGGUUUGGGCGGGAGAGGGUCGAGGGCUGGUUUCGGAGGGGGGAGCGGCGGCGGGCUCCAGGUACCACCUUCUUCCCUCAAGAGCCCUUGAGACAUUUGGCUGCUUACCGGAGGCGAGUUCGCUGCCUCUGACAGGAGCCAAGUCGCAGCCUCGUCUUUCGCGCGGCUUCUGAUGCCCCGUGGCUUCUGUGGGCGGGUGAAGGUCGUUCUGCAGACUCACCAAAAUCCCGUCCCCUCCCCCUCCCCCGCCCGGGCUGCCUGAAUGCUGCAUUUCCCGGUGCCUCGGCUUUCCAAUCUGUAUCCUUCACAAUUCCGCUUCUUCCCUGUCGGGAGUGGGAACCCCUCGUGGAAGACGUCGUAGUGCCUAAUAUGUAUCCCGCCCUGUGGCAGGGCAAGGAUUUCAAAGAGCCGCUUGGCCUGAAACAUUGCGCUGCUGAAGUGCAGCUGUUUCGUAAAGCAGAUGGGCGCCCGUGUAAAUAAUCCCAGUCCCUUCAAAACUUAGCGCAACAUUGGCCCAAGGCUGCAGUCCUCUAUAGACGCCACACUGGACUCGGGCUUUCGUGUAGCUGGACAUGUGCAGGGUUUGACUACAAACACACACUAUUCCCUUACAGGGAUAAUGCUACAGUAGUUGCUUCCUUCUGAAAUUUCGCCAUGGCAAUUUUUAGGAAUAAAACUUACGUUUCCAACUAAAUGUGUUCAACCAUAUGCCCAUAUUCUCAAUUUGGCAUUACAGUUUUCAUAUCUACUUUUCACAUAUACUUUUCCAGUAAUAGAAGUGGACGUGUCCAUUAUAUUUGAAAGGACGAAUGCUGCUUGCUAGUUUAAUAACUAACAAAUGGCUUGGAUGCAACUUUUCAGUAUUUUUAAGGAUGUUUAUUAACUUUCAUAUUUAAAAAAAAAUGUCAGAGGAGUGUACCAUAAAAUAAAAAUGAAUCCAGUAAAAUUACGCAAUGAACAGAGGCAUGUUUGCAUACAACUGAUAUCAAUGUUCUGAAAAAUGCCUGGGGAGACAGAACAGUGUUAAGCAGGUGUUAGAAACCAUCUUCUCUAUGUAUCGUUAUAACUUUUAAUGUCUUAAGAACAUAAAAGAGCCCUUCUGGAUCAGUCCAAAGGCCUAUCUGGUCCAGUAUCCUAGUCUCUCAAUGACUAUCCAGAUGCUUAUGAGAAGACUGUAAGCAGGACCUGAAUGCAACAGUGCUCUGACCACCUGCAAUUCCCAGCAACUGAUAUUCAGAGGAAUAUUGCUUCCAAGUGUUGCGGAAGAACAUAGCCAUUGUGGCUAGUAGCAUUCAUAACCUUCCAUGAAUUUGUCUAAUCCUUUUCUAAGAAUGUAGGAAUGUGCCCUGUUAAUCUGUAUAAAGUUAGCCAGUGCACAUGAAGAGAUACAAUAUUGGUGCUACCCACCCGCAGUAUUACACAAUUCCCACUGUAGACUAGGCCAGGUAACAUUUUGGGAUUAACUAAAUAUAAUGAAUGAAUUGAAUAAUAAGAGAUGGACAGACUUCCCUUUUUUUGCUGGUUAAAACAACAACACAGUAGUAUUCAAAUAUAAUGCAUGGUCAAAACCCUUAUUGAGUACAGGCAACUCCCGAUUUGUGCAGGGGCCCCAUUCCUGGACAUUGCUUGUGUUGGCGAAGUGCUCGUAAGCCCCCUUCUUCCAUCUUCUGGGUCUGAAAAUGGCCUAUACAUGUUUGAAAAGGUACAGGGCUGUUUGUAGCUUGUUUUUUCUUGAAAAAUUAGCUGUAUGAGGCAGAACAGUGUCAAAGACACUGGUUGUAAUGUCAGCUCUGCUUUUUAUCCUAAACAGUUCUCUAAUUUGAGUAACAAUCCCUGUAAUUUGAGUACAGUUGCACACUGUUUGUGAAUUUGUCAAGGACUGCAGCCAUUUCCUCUUCUUUUUCCCUGCCCUCAGCAUCAAAACUUAAGUCAUGUGUCAUUUUAGACUUUUUAUGGUGGUCACAUAUUUUUAAUCCUGAUUUCCUUCUUUGAACCCACAAAGUGCUAUAUAAAUACAAGUGCUAUAUUCUUAAAAGAUGUCAAGCUUUUUUCACUGAACUUCUUAAAGUCAAAGGAUGGAAUUCAGUUAGUGCCUUUGCACUUGCAGAAGGUCUUUUGUUCCAGCAGAUGCCUCUGCAAAUUAGAGGGGAGGCAUUUCUUGCUGAUUUCUUCCUGUACCACCUUCCUUGCUAUUCAGCAGGACUCCCAAUUCUCUGUGUCCAGUUUUUCUGGGCACUGUUGUAGGGAGAAGCAAUGGACACUGUUGCUCCUUAGUAGAGGCAUCUGUGAUCUGCUAGAUCAAAAGCUGUUCCAUGGGUGCAAAUACACCAAUUAGAUUCCACCUUAAGAGCUUUAUUGUGAUGUAAGCAUUUGUGCUUUAAAUAUCAGUGUUACAACUAUAAUCUAAGAUGGAUACAGUAAUGAGUAUAAAUGGGGGCUGUUCAAAGCAAGACCUCUAAAAUUAUUCAGUCAAGACGUGUGCUUUAAUAACUUGCUGUACCUUGAUCUGAAUUGCCCUUGGCAGUAGUAAUAGUGGUGCCCUGUGGCUUUAAAAACUUAUUUUGAUUUCUUUUUGUGUAACUGAAGAAUUUUGUUCUGCAUUAGUCACGUGAUUGGAGCUCCCUUCACUAUAUGUCUAUGUUCUUACAGUGUGCUCUGUAUAAACAGUUGUGGAGGUGCUGACACUGUAAGUGCAAAAGUCUCCUCUGCAUAACAGUGCUUUAUGAGGUUGCUGCUCCCAUCAGUCCACUCAGUAAAAAUAGCUCAUCUUGGUAAGUUGUUUCGACUUCACCAGGACCUGAAGAAGAGGCAGAAAAACCUGUGAAAACUAAGACUGUUUCUUCCAGUAAUGGAGGGGAAAGUUCGAGUCACAGUGUGGAGAAGCCGGCAACUGAUGAAGAAACUGACGACCCCGACACAAAGCCUGCUCCUGCCAAAAUGUCCAAGUUUGGGUUUGCCAUUGGCACACAGGUUGCAAAGAAACCACCUGCAAUAUCCAUCAAGCUUGGAGCAAAUGUACGUUAUUGGAAUGUUUUAUUGUGAAUUAUAAAGUUGCAGUGUCUUUUUUGUGGUAGCAUGCUAGUUAAGUAGUAAAAAAACAAAUUAAAGCUUUUUAUUUCAUUAUUCAUUGAUCAAUAAACAUUUAAAAUAUUGUAACUGUUACAAACUAUGUAUCUGAACCCACAUGCAUGUCCAGCAUGCACGUGUAUUCAUACACACACUGCCAAGAGUUUUAGGAUCUUUUGCUAGAGUUAUGGUGUACAUCUGUUAUGACUAUGUGUCUACACUUAAUCUUAUGCCCAAAGGAAGUUCUUACACAAAAGGAUUAAAGAAAGCUUGGUUUAUUAUAUGAAAUGAAGGUGACAGAAUAGAUAUACAGGCAGCAAAUCCUACAGUACCGACACACUUUAAUCUAAAGAGUGAAAGAAUCCCUAACUAAUCUCAAAAAUCUACAGAAAGUGAGUGUGGCAAUUUUGCCACAGAACCCACACUAGUAGCAAGUCAUGAAAUGGAAGCAGGGUAGAUUAUGCCUGUCCAGGUAUACACAAUUGGAGCAUGUGUUGGCUCUUUAAGAACGCUGAGUAAGUUAUUGGUUGGGGCUUCAAAAGCUAACUAACAAUUGAAAAUCUAGGGGUUUUGUAUUAAUUUUAGGCAAUGAAUUCUAAUGAGGAGGAAGGUGGGCUUUGAGAUAAGCGUUUCCUAUAAUUCCAAUCAUUCUAAUGUGCUAAUGAAUUUAUCCUAGUUUCCUGUCUAUUUCCUAUUUUGCUUAUUUGCUUAAUAAUAUUUUCAUUAGAUUUACAUAUGAUGAUCUUUACACAAGGAAUUAGGAGUGCUGUAUGUCUCCUAAUGCUUUCCAGGACACAUUUGAGAUGAGGUUAUGCUAACCUUCUUACGCAUGCCAUAAUCAACAGUAAUAAAUUGUAGAAAAUGUUCAGAUUGACAUACACCUAUUCACAAUUUCUUGUGAAUUAUAAAGUUGUAUAAAGGUGUUUUUUGGGGUAGGAUGCUAGUUAAGCAUAAAAAAUAAUAAAGCUAUUUAUUUCAAUAUUAAUUGAUCCAUAAACAUUUAUAAUAAUACACUGCUGCAAGGGAAUGAAAUUCUGGAAGCUAUUGGUGGGUGUGGUGUUUGCUUGAAAAAAUUCUUUUCAAGUUGGUGAUUUUUGUUCUGACUUGGGUGCUAUGCAGUACUGAGUACAUAGCAAAAUACUGGUGGUAUUGUUUAGCUACACUGGUAAAAGAUAACUACACUAAUAUAUUCUUAUAUCAAUAAAUAUAAUGCAUGAGCCUUGGCUAAAGGUACAAAUAUCCAUUGACAAGCAUCUAAAGAACUUAAGGGGCUUAUUGUUGUUUUCUAAACUAUUCCACCUUUCAGUGGCUAAUGGGGAUUUCCAGGUAGAUUUGGGAAAUACCACAAGAACCACAAAUACGUAUAACAAAACAAAAAACCCUCACAACACAGGACAAAAAACAAGUGCUGUCUUUGUUCUCUUUCAGAAACCUAAAGAGCCUACUCCAACCCUAGCUCCAAAAACGCUUUCUGUAGCAGCAAUCUUCAACGAAGAUGAAGAUGUAAGUACAUAUAUUUUCUUAGAAUAGAGAAGUAUGGUGUUCUCUGACCAGGACAAGUAUGGGUACAGGAAAGAGAAAGUAUCAUAUACUACUAGUCCAAUACAACAAACACAUGGGAUUCUGCUAAAAUCUGAAAUCUGUAAAUGCCCUUUGAAAUUUGAAUUUCAAAUAAUUUAAACACUUUGGUAUGAGGUCCAAUAUUGUGUCAGUGGUUUCCCCUUCUUCUUGAAGCCCUGCCCCACCUCCUGUUUGCUCUGGAGGGGACACAUUUUGGUACACAGCAGGGGCCUUGCAGAGAAGAGAAGGGGCAAGCCCAUUUGUGAGAGCAGAAGCCAGCUGUGCCAGCAGGCACCAUAGUUGGGUAUCACUCUUUGUUUGCCAAGCUGUCUUGAAAAUUUGACAGUUGACAUUUCCCCCGUUUCUGCACAAGGCUGAUAUACGGUACAAAUCUAAAGUAUUUUUCCAGCCUUCGCUUUUUUCAGACUUGGAGUAGUUUUUUUAUUCCUGUGUUUCUAAAACACAUCACUACUGCCCCCUGGUGUGUGAAACCAAUCGUCCCUCUGACUUGAAUUUGAGUCUGUUAUCUUUGCUUCUUAAUAGAACUGGCAGUAGGCAGAUGAGAGAAAUGUAAAUGCUAUGUGUUCUUUGAGUGGGGAACUUGGAUCUGUUUUGGUUUUUGUCUUUGGCAGUAUUGGUGAGAGAACCUUGAAUUUUAAUUUGAGAAUAAAAAAAGGUUCAUGGAAGGGGGCAUGUGUCAGAAAAACGUGCAUACUUCUCCCUGGCUCAGAUCUGAUCCCUCUAGAUAUAGAGCUGCAACUGCCUGCUUUGUUCUGAAUGUAAAUAUAAAGUUAAUAAGUGUAAACAUGAAUUUAGAAGAGGCUUGUAAUGUGUUCGUUAUUUCAUAUGCCACAAUUUUACUCCUACUGAUUAGAAUUUGUAACUGUUUUCUUAUGUUCAUCUUAGAGUGAACCUGAAGAGAUGCCACCAGAAGCUAAAAUGCGCAUGAAGAACAUUGGAAGGUAGAGUUGCACUUGCUUGUUAUUUUAGGAAAAUAUGGGGUGACAGAAAGAUGUUCUACAUAGUAGCUUUUGUAGUUUUGCUUUCUGCAACAACAUCAUUUCAAAACCUUUCACAGUUUUUCUUGUUAUGGCCAAAACUAUAUGAGAUCUUCUCAUCCCAUCCUGUCUUGUCUCUUCUGUCUCAUACCCACUUUUCACCCCGCUCAGGUUAUGUCUUUCAGUACAAUAUUUUUGAAAGUUAUGUAAUAUCUCUGAAUCAUAAUGACCCAAAACCUGAGAGUUUAUGGAAGCUAAUCUGGAAAAAGUAUCUUAGCACACUGAACAGUCUGUGACUGUUCAUUAUGCAGAUACAACUUUUAUUAUAAACUGACUCUAAGGUCAUGGUCCAUCUAGCUCUAGGCAGACAAGCAAUAUUAAUAUAUUGGGGUUUUAAGAUCCAACAUAUUCAAAGUGUGUGUGCAUGUGUGUACGCGCACUGCAUAGUAUUCCCAGGUUCAAUAUUGUGGGCAUUGUCACUAACUGCUGCUUAGUAGCUGCAUAGAAGACAUUUCUGCACUAUAUUUUUUCCAUUGUGUGAGAGUAGUUCUAGAGAGGCAUCUUUCAUUGCCUCACAAUGAAAGAUAUGAUGGUGUUAACUUUUCUGCACAGCAAACUUAAGAAGGUACCUACUGCAUGUUAGCAGGUUAGCAUGUGCACCUGGACUUCUAAACCAUUAAUAUGAAACUGAUAAAGUUGGCUACAUGCUUUUUUUUCUGUUAUCACAGGGAUACUCCAACUUCAGCAGGACCAAAUUCUUUCAACAAAGGAAAGCAUGGGUUUUCUGACAACCAGAAGUUAUGGGAACGGAACAUGAAAUCUCACCUUGGAAAUGUCCGUGAACAUGAUGACUAGUUGUGUAUUGAGAUCUGAGUGUUGGGAGAAAUGGGAGGGUAUGAUAUUAAAGGAACAGUUUCCUUUUUUAGAGUGGUGUAUGGCUAUUUUGGGUGCCACUUUUAAAAGUUUCUAAGUGGUGCACAAAAAAACUGAGUUUAAAAGUAGAGGUAAUUUAUGUUUUGUAUACAGAUUUCAAAGCAUUUGCUAAUUUUGUAGCUUCGUGCAAUUAAUUUCACAAGGUUAUGGAAAAUAAAGACAUUGGAAGUGGUACCUUUUUAAGAAUUUUCUUUUACAACUAUUCUUAUAUGAAGACAGAGGAAAGGUUACUGUCUCUUUAAUCCAUUUAAAUUAAAUGCUGCUGCGCUCAAGAAUUCCAGCUCCUACUUUGUAAUAGAUUGCUUGUCUCCUUAAGGCUACUUUUAUAGAAGGGGAGUAACUUGCUAUACAUUGAGUUUGAUAGACUCUGGCUUUCUGGUCAGCAUAGAACCUGAAAAGACUACUGCAAAAAGUCAUUUAGUAUUUUAAACAUCCAUAAACUCAGACUUCUGACUGUGGUAGUUUAGCUCUAUAGUCCUGUUUAGAAACUUUGUGUAAUUUCUCUGUGGCCUGUUCCACUCUUAGACAUCAGUCUUACAUGUGUAUAAAUAUUAGGAAAAAGGUAAAUCAGUAUUUUGAUUGUUUUCUUAAUCAUGAGUCUUGACCAGUGCUUGUUAAUGUUCCUUUGUCAAUUUGAGACCGAUAAAGAAUAUCAGCAGAAAAAGGCAUUACCAAAAUGAUGAUUGUACUUUUAUCCUGCUUUAGUUUUGUUUUCAAUAUUUCCCAUAAUCCCUUAAGAGGAAAAGAAAGCCACACACCAACCAACCAACCAACCAACCAACCAACCAACCAACCGGUAGAAGCAUGUAUCCAUAUUUUGGUUUAAAGCUUUACUUUAAAUGCUAGAAGACCUUCAUCUUGUAUUUUUAAGUAAGGGACACUCUUGGAUUUUCAGACAGCAUUUUAAUCCACUUUAGUUUUGUCAUUAAAGCAAUCUGUACAACAUAACUUUACACUUUUAUCCCCAGCUGUUUUACAUUUUGUAUUGCUGGAACACUGUUGAGACAUAAUUUCUUUUAGCAAUAGAGUUUCCUGUCAAUUCUUAUUUCCCUAAUCUACCUGGACAAAUACCUAAAACACUUGAGGACUUUUCAGCAGGAUUUAAGUUGUGUAAGUAGUCUGGGGUUAGGUAAUAUCAGCAGUCACAAUUGACUGGCAUAGCUGAAAUAGAUAAAACACUUCAGAAGCAGUAUAUGGGUCUAAAUUACUAGUUUUCAUAUGUAGUGUGAAUAUCAUGAUCAUAUUAUAGAUCACCUACUGUAUGUUAGUCACUCUCACUUCAGCACAACGAGAUUAUCUGGUGAGGGAAAUAGGCAUCCAAGUUUUCUUUUUACAAUUUAGAAGAGCUUUGACCAUGUAGACAUCUGUGUGUAAGAUCUAAGCAGUUUUGUAUUUGUAUGUGAAUUUUUGUUUGCAGUUAAAAAUCUGUAACGUAUAUUUUCUUUAAAGGCUUUGUUAUAAACAUAAGAGAUGUAAACAAGUUAUUUCUCUAUAGCUGCAGUUGUUGAAUUACUUGUGAAAGUUCAAGACUUUAAAAAAAGAUGAUUUAUCUUGGCUCCUUAUUAUUGAAGCCAAUGGCACAAUUAGCCCUUAACUAACCAUUAAUCAGGGAAAAAGAAAGAUGGCACUUUUAACCAUUUAUGUACCUAAACUCACCACACACACAGCCCUUCAAUUUAUUAAUUCAUUUAUAGCCUUUGGGUGACCAAUGCCAUGGUCAGCUUUAGCCCAAUUCUAAAUAAUAAUCUUAAUGUGUGCUUGUUUUCAAUACCCUCCCCACCAUCAAAGCAAUGAAAAAGUACACAAAUCCUUUACCUCUGGCCUAUGAUAUGCUAACCUCUUGAAGUUUCACAAGAACUCUUUGAAGGAGGAAGGAAAAGUCUGGAGUAUUUGUCAUGAUUUAUUUCCAAGUUGGGGAAGAAAUGGUGGGAACCAAAAGCUGUAACUUAUUCUUCUUUGAGCUUUGCUUGUGCUGAUGCUGUAUAAUCUUUAGCCAUGGACUCUAGCUGAGGCUAGUGUUUUUAAGUAUAAAAACUUGUCAAGUAAAACUAAAUUCCAUGUCAAUUUCAUGUAUUAUAAACAAAGGAAAUGGUAUAUAUGCUUAAAUUUACCAAGGCAAGUAUGAACGCAACCUUCUUUUUUUACAAAAACCCUUGGCUAACGUCACUGUCUUAUUUGUGUGUACACAAAUUUUUCUCCCUGCUACAUCUGACUAGCCAAACUUCUCGAAGUGGAGAAUUUAUUUAAGAUAAAGAAUACUUCCAGAUCAAAGGAGCUUCUCAAGGCCACCAUGAAUUUCAACAAAUUAUGAAUCAGACUUGGAAACUAUUUUGAAGAGAGCAAGAUAUAAGAUGUGCUUCAGUUAAUAAUUUACCAUCCUUUAAUGAAGCACCUGUAAGUAGUAUGUUUAGCUUAAGCUAUCAGCCCUUCAUUUUUCUGAUUUGGAAUACUGACCACUGAAGUGACUGCAUUACUUCUACAAAAGGCAGGAGUUGCUUUUUCAAUUUGUUUUCUUAUCACAGAUUUCUUUUGGUGUAGAAAAGAAUUUUUCAAAGUGGGUUCUCAUGAUUCCUAGGAUUUCCCAGUGAGAUCAGUAGUGACAAAUGUACUUGGAAAAACUGCACGUUUUCUGUUGCUGAUCUUUAGUCUGUGCAGCCAUUGGAGAAGUCUGGGGGCACUUUCAUUUCUGGUGAUGAUGGCCAACAGGCAUGGCUACUACCCUCCAUAAACUCGGUGUAAACCUUUUCCAGUCUCCUGCUGCUGCGGGUUCCAUGAUGAGUUUGGACAGGGCUUUGUGAAGAUCUGAAAGCCACUACUUUAGAGGAUUUGAUAUGUUUGCAUGCUAACCUCUCUGCAAACAAAAUAUUUGUCAUUGCUUGUUUGUCAAAUAGAGGUCAGGAAUGGGUGUCUAGAGCAUUAACCCUGGUUUUCAGGAUGCUUUUUAAAAAAGCAGCUUGCUGUCAACUGCCUUUUUCAGGAAUUUCAGUGUGCUGUUCCUGCUCCUUUGCUUUGUCUGCUUAUCUCCAGAUCUGAACUGGGGUACAUCCUGCCAGCUCAGCAGCCUUCACCUUGAUUUAUUACUUUUUAGCAGGCUGAAUUUGGCAAAAUUUCAAGUUAUGGUAAUAAAGCUGCACUCACGGAGGUUUCUGAAUCUCCUAAAUUAAUCUAAAUUAAAACUGCUGUGUUGCCAAAAUGUUGGUCUGCUCUGCUUAUACAGAAGUAAAAUGUGAAAUAAACAGCAGAGGGCCAGAACAUUUGUGUGUACAUAUAUAGAACUCAGUAUAAAAUAUGAAGCAUUACAAAUAAGUGUAUGACCAGGCUAUUACUCUAUAAAUCUAGCACUGUCAUACUAUAGUUGGCAUUAUACAAUAAGGCUGGUAUUGCCCCCAAAGUCAAAUGACAGCCUCUUUUUGCUGAACUAAAUAGUAAUGGGUACUUCAUCUUGGUGUUUGCUGUUGUUUUAUUGCUUGUGAUACAUUAACAAGAGUAUUAAAAUUGUACUUUUAAAUGGGUGGCAAGAGGUU